AUGAUGAAUAUUAUUCAGUAUACGUCGUUAUUUUUCGCUGGUUACUUUAUUCUCAGCAGCGCUGAUCCAAUUACCAUCGAAGUGAGUUGGUCGGCAAAAGAUUAUCCUCUGCAUACUACACCAAGCCUACAGAUCGUCACUAAUCCACUUGUAUCAAGACAAUUUUCACCUGUUAGUAAAAAGAUAUUUGACAAUUUAGCACAGCUCAAUGCUGAAUAUACGCGAUUCGCUGCCUGGUUUCCCUAUCCAAAAAUGGCCGUGGCUGAACUCGAUCCACCAUCAGGUUUAGCCCAAUGUGGCAAUGCUGGCGAAAGCUACCCCGUUCAACUGUCCUGCCGAAAGAGUGGUGGAACAAUUAGUAGUAUUGACUUUGCUUCAUAUGGAACAGCAACUGGUGCCUGUGGCCAGAUGAAACAAGGUACUUGUCAUGCAACGACUACUAUGGAUAUUGUUAAACAAGCAUGUCUCGGUCAACAAGAAUGUAGUGUUCCGGCUUCAUAUCAAAUAUUCGGAGAUCCUUGUUUUGGAACACACAAGAGACUGCUCGUUCAAAUCCAAUGCAAUCCACCACAAAACAAUACCUAUUGGAAUUUCACCUAUGUAGAUCCGAUGUUUCAAGAUUUUCUUCAAGCAACCGAUGGCCAUUCACGUAUUGUUAUGUUUUCUACUCAACCUACGUGGUUGUUCAAACUGGAUACGCCUCAUAUCUACCCCGAUAAUGUAACAGAAACUGAUUGGGGAUAUCCGCAAGGUACACAAUUUGUCGAUGAUACAAUGCAAGCACUCGGUGAUUACUAUGGCCGUCUUACGGCAUGGUAUACUCGAGGUGGUUUCAUCGAUGAAUAUGGAGACAGACAUGUAUCAAACUAUUCAUAUAAGUGGGAUUACACUGAAAUAUUCAAUGAAAUUGAAGCUGAACAUCAGAUGACUCCAGAGGUAUAUACGCGAGCGUACGAUGCCGUGAUUCAGGGUAUUAGAAGACAUACCAACAAUACUGAAAUGAAAUAUGUUGGAAUGGCACUUUCAGGUCACUAUGAAUUCAAUUGGUAUCGUUACUUUCUUAAUCAUUCAAAUCAUGCACCAGAUAUUCCACUGGAUAUGAUUUCCUAUCACUUCUAUGCUUCCAGCAAGACAAGAACAGAUCCACUCGAUUACGAAGCAUUCUUUCCUCAACUCGAUACUUUCACAGAUGAAAUCCGACAGAUCGAAGUUAUUCGAAAGGAACUUUCACCCGAAACAAGAACUACUAUUGAUGAACUAGGAAUAAUCCUCCCGGAUGAUAAUACACCCGGUGCACCUCAAUUUCCAUUGGUCUUUUGGAAUGCUGGUGCAGCUUACUAUGCUUAUGCAUGGGGUAAAAUAUCUCGACAAGGCAUUGAUGUUGUAGGACACAGUCAACUGGUAGGUUAUCCAAAUCUACCUGAUCUUCAACUUGAACCUCAAUUUCCUAGUGUUGCUAUGUUGAAUUGGACCACAGGAGAAGGAACAGCCAAAUACUGGGUUUCAAAAUUACUAAUCAAUACAACCGAUAUCGACAAUGAUCAAGCAGUUAUCACGCGUACAUCUGAUGUGGGUGAAAAAAACUUGUUCAGUCAAGCAUUUGUGACUAAAAAUGGUCGUCGAUGGGUAUUGAUGGUCAACAAAAGAUUUGCUGAUAUCAACGUAGUAUUAUCUGGCUGCACUGGUGGUACAAUGCAAGUCGUUAAUGAAGCAUCUGGCUUUGGUCCUGCAACAGUGUCAAAACUAACAUCGGAUCAAAUUCUCUUGAGUGCGUUUGCUGUGGCUGUGGUUCAUAUGCCUGACAGUGAAUUGAUGAUUUGA